AGGGGCAGGGGAGAGGGGAGAGGAGGAGGGGGAGACCGGGAUGCAGCAUCAGGCGCCGCUGCCGCCGGGAUGGGAGAUGAAGAUGGAGCCCACCUCGGGGUGGCCAUACUUCAUCAACCACAACGAGCAGUCCACCACGUGGAGCGACCCCCGGGUUUCCAUGGUAGACAAUCACAGCCUCGCUGGGCAACAGGGAGCCUUCUACAACGGAGUUUCAUACCCGCAACACCAAGCGGCCUUCCACCAGCCGCCUCUUAACCACAACUCCACCCCCUACCCCGCCGGCCCCGCGGUCCACGCACAGCACACGGCCCCCUACCCCGCCGGCCCCGCGGUCCACGGACAAAACGCCACGAACCACGCGAACCAACCGCCGUACUCCAUGGGUUACCACGCGGGUCCCCAGCCUGCGCCUGUGCCCGGCGUGGGCCCAACCCCGCACCUCGCACCGGCUCAACCGUCUCCCUACCACCCUUAUCCCCACAGCGCGGCGCCCUACACCACCCAGCCCGGGGCGCAGCAGUCUUUGUCGCAUGCGCACGCCGCCUCACACGUCCCUCGGCCGCACGUCGCCCCUUCUUCGCAGGUGGCAGGAGCUGCCCAGGCCCAGGCGUGCCACGUGCCCGGCAGGAACGGAGUCGGCGAGGGCUCCGAGCUACACCGAGCAGCCCGGCACAUCCGCCGGCCCGAUGACGGGGACGCCGCUGCCGCCCCGGCGACAUGGAGUGGGCCCUCGCGUAGCGCCCAGCCCGUGCUCAUCCCGCCCGACGCUCGGCAGCGCGCGGCCCAGCAGCGUGCCGAGGCGCUGCCUGGCGUGCGCGAGGUGAAUUCCAUCAUGGCGGUGGUGCGCAGCCUGGAGGUUGAAGUGCGCGCCUUCGAGGGCCGGCGCUCGGACAAGGCCUACCUGGUACUUGAGGAGAUGCUGACCAAGGAGGUGCUCAAGCUGGACACGGUGGACACGGGCGGGCAUGAGGAAGUGCGGCAGGCUCGCAAGCAGGCCAUCCGUGAGGUCCAGGCCAUCCUGGAGCACCUGGAGCUCAAGGCCCAGAUCUUCGAGGGCUGACGGCCCGUUUUGCACGCGCAUGGUGAAGGGUGCGUGUACGCGGUGGCCACUGGUCAUAGCAUGCACUCGCCAUGCCGGUGAUUUAGUUCAAUAACAUAAUCCCAAAUAAGUUAUCGAAAGCAUGAAAAUUUUACCCCAAUUACUUCAAAAUAUACAGGAGACUUUUGAAUAUCACGGAGGUUACAUUCUUGUAAAGUUCCGCAAAAGCCGAAACCGCGAUAUUCAAUACUUAAGCCUUACCUAAAUAAUGGAGUUAGGUACACGGAAACCAAAAAUAGACGCAUCACAAUUGAAAUGAAAACUGUACUUUAUGCCCAGUUAACUAAAAAUUAAGUAAUUGAAAUAACACGUAAAAACUAAAUUUAAAAAACAUUCCUUGUAGUAUAAAUACUGAAUACUGUACUUACCGAUGAUGAUCCACAGCGGGUGUGUGUGUGUGUUUGUCCGUGAGUGGGGAGUGGUAGUGCUAUGGUUUGCGAGCUGUGCUACGAAUCCAGCGACCCGAAUUCGAUUCUCGGACACGCCCAACAUCAAUGACGAUUAUCUGAAUGGGUUCUGGGCCUCCCCUAGGUCGAUUCAGCCUGAAAUUAGUACCUGAUGUGGUGUGUACAUAUUUCCACUGGGGAGACACAGGCGGCUGAUCGUGGUUCUGGCCACCCACACCCUCGUGUGGCGUGCCGGCCUUCAUAGGUGCUUGCAAACAGCACUUGCCCCAAGUCUGUUAAUAGGCUAUAUCAGGGGUCUUCAUCUUUGUUUCUCCACGAGAUGGUUGGGCGGCAAAAGUUGAGGUGCUACUGACUGCCUCGCAUCCCUCGCCUGCCCCGCACCACGCUAUCAGCCAAUGACACAGUACUUCCGGGUAUAGUGUACCCGCAAAAUGCCAAAACGAACCCCCACGAUAGCUAAAUUGGUGCAGAGGUUGCCCGUGAUAAGUGGAAAUCGUGAACAAUGAACCCACGAUAUUCAAGGGUGUCACCUUUAUUUGGUAAGUACAUUCGUGCAGCCAAUAUUUUGGAUCUUUGGAGAAACUGGGCAAGUCACUGGCUGUGAGAAUUUCCGUCGCGUUCGCGAGUGACAAGUUUGGGCCGUGCUGAUGGUGGGGUCUAAGGCGUACCCGUGGGCUCUUUCCCCCGCUCUAAAUUCACACGAUCGUACGGUUACCUUGUAGAUGCACACGGCUGACGUAGUUUGGAGUUGCGUGGGAUUGCAGAUGUGUCGUAUGUCUUUGUACAAUUCCUGUUCAAUUUUGCGCUGUUCUGAACUGUUAGGAUCUGAAUCCUCGGCAGCUGUGGUCAUGACGGAAUGUGGAGCUGGGGGCAUUCGCAAACGCUGUUGUGGCAUUGUACUUCUGUUGAAUACCCCUCUUAUCUUUUUGUGUUUAUGCAACAUUGUGUUCCUCUUUAGAUAUAUGCACAUUGCCUUACUUUGACAAAUUAGCAGUUCAAAAUCAUUUUAACUAUUUCUUUUCCAAUAAAGCUUUAGUCUGUACUAUUCUA